AUGCCAGUAAGAUCUGGCAUUCCUGCCUAUUCAGAGGCCACACCAGUAAUCUCUGGUGCUCCUCCCUCUUCAGGGGCUGCACCAGUAUUCUCUAGCGCUCCUGCCCCUUCAGAGGCAAUGCCAGUUGUCUUUGGCAAUCCUGCCUCUUCGGACACAGUACCAGAUAUGCCUGGCACUCCUGCCUCUCUGGAGGCCGUACCAUUUAUACCUGAUUUGUCCUCCCCUUUGGAGGCUGCAACAGCUGCAGCAGGCACUCAUGCAUCUUUGGAGGCCACAUUAGCUGUAUUUGGUGCUUCUGUCUCUCUGGAGCCUGCACCAGUUCUGACUGGUGCUCCUGAUGCUUCAGAGGAUGCACCAACUGUGUCUACUCUUGAGCUUGAAAUUUCCUUGACAAAGACACCAUCAAAGGUGCCCAACACCCAUGAUAUCUAG